AUGGGCUUAUUACCUUCUAUAGCAUCUACUUUAGCUACGGGGUUGGAGGCAGGCCCAGUAGGUUUAACAUGGGGUUGGUUGAUAAGCGGAUUAUUUAUUUUGUGCAUUGGAACCCUGAUGUCUAUCUUAAGUUCACUGAUUCCUACGUCUGGUGGAUUGUAUUAUUGGACGAAUUACUAUGCACCAGAUCUGAUUAGAACUCCAUUAAGUUUCAUGAUUGGCUGUUCAAAUUCUUUAGCGUUGUGUGGAGGGAUAUGUCUGAUCAACUACGGGUUUGCAACAGAGUUGCUUUCGGCUAUUUAUAUUAGUCGAGGUGGGAAUUUUGACAUUACGAAUGCAAGAAUAUAUGGAGUCUUUGCAGCUUGCGUUGUAUCUCAUAUUAUAGUCUGUUGUGCAACUACGAAACACACUGCUUCUUUGCAGACAUUUUCUAUUUGUAUAAAUGUUUUCAUCAUCAUUUUAUUUUUUAUUGCAAUUCCUAUUGGGGUGUCAAAGAACUACGAAUUCAAUAGCGCUAAUUUCAUUUUUACAGAAAUAGACAACUUUAGAACAUGGGAUCAAGGUUGGUCUUUCAUGCUUUCGUGGAUGCCAGCCAUUUGGUAAGUAUUCUUUUUUUUUCUCAUUUCAUCGAAAUUAUGAAUUUCUAACAAAUUUAGGACAAUCGGUGCCUACGAUUCAUGUUUGCAUUUAUCUGAAGAGGCUCUUAAUCCAAGGAAAUCAGUUCCUAUCGGUAUUUUAAGUUCCAUUUUUGUUUGCUGGAUAGUUGGUUGGAUAAUUUGUAUUGUUGCUUGUGUUGCAAUUAAAGAUGGAGAUGUCGGGUCAGUACUAGAAAGUUCAAGUGGCCUGGCAAUGGCUCAAAUCAUUUAUGAUGCAUUAGGGAAGAGUUGGGCAGUUGCAUUUAUGUCGUUAAUUGCGUUUGCACAAUACCUCAUGGGUGCUUCGAUUUUAAUUGCUGCUUCAAGACAAGUAUGGGCAUUUGCUAGGGAUGAUGGGUUACCGUUUUUCCACAACUUUGUUAAGGUCAUAAACCCAAAAAUAAAAGUUCCAGUCAGAGCAACGAUAUUCAGUGGAAGCUUAUCGUUAAUUUUGGGUUUGCUUAUCUUAAUUGAUACCACGGCUGCAAACGCACUUUUCUCCUUAGCCGUAGCUGGAAAUUAUUUAGCUUGGGGAAUGCCUGUUUUAUUGGUGCUAUUGCCUGUGGGCCGUUCAAGAUUUACUCCUGGUCCGUUCUAUUUAGGAAAAUUUUGGACGGAAAUAAUUCAUAUCACCACCGUUUCUUGGAUCGGAUACGUUAUAAUAAUGUGUAUGUUCCCAGAUAAUAAGUCUGUUUCAAGUGAAACUAUGAAUUAUACAUGCGUUAUAAAUGCCGGAAUUUGGCUUCUUUCGCUUGUAUAUUACUUCACCUACGGUUAUAAGAAAUUUUCAGGCCCCAAGUCUAAUCUUGAUGAAGACAGAGAUUCAUUGGCUGACAUUACAGUAAUUCAAAACGUUGAUGAAGUUCUUAGUAAAAAAGCCUAA